AUGUGCAGAGGACUUACAUCUUUGCCAAGCACAUGCCUGGAGAGGGCUAAGGGUUUGAAGGCAAGCUUGGUCAGCCUGCUCCACAGGUCGCACUGGAGAGUUCUCAGCAACUCACAUGGAACCAAAGAACUGAAACUUACCCAACAAGAGUCCUCACAAUGGAAAGAAUCUUUUGAGAAACUCCUCACAAAUAAAGAGGGACUGUCAGCCUUCAGAUCAUUCUUGGUGUCUGAGUACAGUGAGGAGAACAUUGAUUUCUAUCUGGCAUGUGAGGACUACAAAAGCACAAAAUCCUCUGCUGAGAUGGCAGUUAAGGCUCAGAAAAUCUUCGAGGAAUUCAUACAAAGUGAUGCACCGAGGGAGGUCAACAUUGACCAAAGGACCCGAGAUGUCACCAAGAGCAACCUGGAACAACCCACCAGAACAUGCUUUGACAUCGCUCAGCUCAGAAUCUACACCCUCAUGGAGAAAGACUGCUAUCCACGCUUUCUCAGGUCUGCCGCUAACCGGGAGCACAGCAGCCAGCUCGUUGGUAAAAGCAGCAGGUCGCUUACACGUGGCAAAAAGGACCGCUGUCUGUGCGAUGACGUCGACCCCGCAACCAGCCGCAUGCGACCACAGAACACAGGGAAACCCGACCAGCGAUUCCGCGGUUCUAGCACCGCCGCUGCGGAAACAUGA